AUGCAGCAGGUUGAUUUUGGUCAGCAGCCUAUCUUUGAUGACAGACAAUCAAUAGAUGAGCUCAGUGAUCUUUGUGCCAGUCUGAAGGAACAACUUGCCGCCAAGGAGCUCAACGAGUAUGAGCAAGAGGUUCGCCUCAGGGACUUACGACAACAGCUAAAGGAACUGAGCGAUGUUGAAGGAAAGCUGAUUCUUGCGAACAGAAAUGCGAGGGUCCUUGAGGAAGAAAAUAACGCUUUACUCAUGAAGUUGAAAUCUGGGGAAACUGCUGAUACAUCAGGAACUUCAUUUAGAGCCGAAGCAGUUAAACUAAUUGAAGAAAACAGUUCUCUGCGUUCGGAAGUUCAUGAGCUUCGGGGGUUACUUAAUAAGGCUCAACAGCGUGAAAGCCACCUUGACCAAAGAUGUAAAAAUAUAAAUGAACAACAGGAAAAAAAUGACCUGCAAGUGUCACUACUAAAGAAAAGAAACGCAGAGCUGGAGGAACAACUUCAUGAAGUGCAGCAUCAAUGGCUUCUUGCAAAAGAGACUUGGGAAAACGAAAGAUCCCGAAACCUUCAAGAUUAUGAAGAGCUGCUUGCGUCCGUAAAGCGAUUCGAUGGCACUGCCCAACAGAGAGAGAACUGGGACGUGAAGACCCGUGGAAGCAAUCAACAUCUUCAGCAGGCCCUUCUUAAGGAAGAUAUUGCCGAGCUCGAGGAGAAACUACAGCUUGCUGAGGAACGUUAUCGUGCGAAGGAGCGUGAGUGGCGGGAAAUGGAGGCCGCGUUACGGGUCGAGAUAAGCACACUUCAAGGCAAUAAUAUUGGAACUGGGGGCGAUGUUUACCGGGCAAUACAACAUCAGUUGGAUUCCUUCAAGCACGAAGUCACCGUCUUCCGGGAAGAGAGGAAACCAGGCCGCAUGAAGAAUAAGUUGCGCCUGGGCGACCCCUCAGUGGAUGAUGUUGACGACAAAGUGAGCGAAAUUGAUGAUAGUGAUGCCUCAAGGGAGAGCCGGAUCCAAUCACUCGAAGUGCUCAAUGGUAACAUUAGCAGAAAGAAUGAAUUACUUAUGAGGGAAAAUGAAGAGCUCCAUAAGGAAAUCGAACACCUUCACCUUCGGAACUCGCGUGCCGAAGAGGAAUACAACGAUCUUGAGGUGCGUGUGAAGGAGCUAGAAAUUGCCCUUGUUUCCACAGAGAAGGAGCUUUCCUUGCAGAAAGGAUACAAUAUCAACAGAGAAAAAGACUCCAGGUGCUACGAUGUACAUGAAAUGAAGGCGGUUCUAGAUGAGAAUGAGCAACUCCGUGAUUCAUUGCUCGAGUAUACAAGGCAAAUUUCCUCUCUGAAAGCUGCGAAUGAGGAGCAACUGGCUGCGAGUGAAUCCAGUAGGAGUGAGUAUCAGGCGGAAAUAGCCAAACUACUUUUGCAGAACGAAUCCCUUCAGCAGCGUCUGCUUUUACGUAACUCUAGGAAUAAUUCCGCGGGGGAGUUGGCCCAUGAUAGCAAUGAUUUGGGAAAUGGGGAAAAUGAGCAGAGGCCCCGAACGAGAGGAGUUUCUGAAGCAACUGUCAUUGAUAAGUUUUUGAAAGAUAAGUUGGACUCGACUGAGGAUUUUAUGCGAUCCCUGGAGACAGCAUGGUCGGAGGAAGAUGAAGCGAAAAGGAAAAUGAGGCGUAUGUCACUGCAAGACUUUUACAAAGAGACGGAACAGCGACAAAAUAGCUUGCAGCUUCUUCAGUCAGAGAAGAAUCGCCUUAGUAAUGAGAUCGUUGACUUGCGGCAUGCUAACAAAAGUAAGGAGAAUAGAAUACAUGAGCUUCAGGAAUCUUUAAGCGUUUUAAAGAGGCAUCUGACCAAUGACGGUCUGGGCAUUGUUCAAGGUGAACCAAUGAGGGGGAGUGGGAUUGAGAGUAGAAUGAGAAGACUUGAAGAGGCCCUCGCACAAAAGGAGCAGUCCGAGGUCGCAGAAAAGAGGGAUAAGAAGCUUCAAGAAUUAAAUGAUCAGCUGUUCGCUUUGAGAGAGGCAAAUGAUGGACUGUGGAAGCAACUUGUUUCUAUUAAAGAUGAGCGACAGGAGGGUCAACGCCACCAAUCAAGAAGAAAUUCUAGAAGCACCAGGCGCAGUGCCCGGAGACGAUCUAUGGAGCAACUCGCCUACCCGCCGGCGUCUCCCCAUCUAGCCGAUAAAAAAAAGAACGCCGUUGCAGCCGGAGCCCACCUCGCAGUUACGAUUGUUGAGUUAAGGGACUUAAUGAAGAACGGACGUCCGAUUAUUGAGCCUGGAUACGUCGUUAUAAAGGUAAAAUCCGUGAAGGAAAAGUACAAAACCUCUGUCAAGGAAUUAAGCUCUGCUAUAAGAUUUAAUGAGACUUUUUACUUUUAUCUUGCUCAACCUGACGAAGACGUUAUUACACUCCACGUUUUUUACAAAUCCAAGGGGAAUUCACGAGAGCACCAUGUCGGUGACGCGGCUUUUACCAUGGCUACCCUUCACCGCGGUGUACCUCGUCAACGCGUCGCGAUUGUUGCUCAAAAUCCAGGAACACGGGAUGCAAGGCGGGCGGCGGAGGUGGAGGUCACCUUACAAAGUGAUGACUUCGGUAUGCUAUCCACGCCAACCUUGGCGCAAAUAGAAGAAGAUAACAUUCGCUUUAAAGAAUUACAAAAAAGGGUGGAAAUGAACAGCCCAGAGAGUCUCCACUGCGUUGAUGUUCUAAUGGCUAUGAAUACCCAUUAG